GCGAGAUGGGGCUCCGCCGCAGUCCGCGCCGCGCCACGCGCCCACACGCACCACUGUCAUGUGACCGUACAGUAUGGAAGAUUGUGAUCUUACCCAAUACCGCGAUAUGAUCAUCGAAGGUGAUUUACCACUGGACUUGCGACCGCCGCCGAGGCUUUAUUUACCCCAUUACCUCCGCGACGAUAACCCCGAGUACCCACAGGACGACACGUAUGUAUCCGUCGACGAAGACACCCCUGAAGUGCCGCCGCCGUCCAGUGACUCUGACAGAUACGAAGCGUCAAGUCCUAGUGACACCAAGUCUAGUUCACCGAAGAAGCCCAAAAUCAAGUCGUCCUCACAACUCAUUAAACCGCCUUAUUCUUACAUUGCUCUUAUCACAAUGGCCAUCCUACAGUCCCCACACAAGAAACUCACGCUCAGCGGUAUAUGUGAAUUUAUCAUGACCAGAUUUCCUUACUACAGAGAGAAGUUCCCGGCCUGGCAGAAUUCGAUCAGGCACAAUUUAAGUCUUAAUGAUUGUUUUAUAAAGAUCCCUAGGGAGCCUGGAAAUCCAGGUAAAGGCAAUUAUUGGACUUUAGAUCCCUUAGCCGAGGAUAUGUUUGAUAAUGGAAGUUUUCUGAGGCGUCGGAAGAGGUAUAAAAGACCGGCGCCGUCGCUACAGCACGCGCAUGCUGUGGUCGCGAUGUUGGCGAGGGAGGCCUACGCCCCGCUGCUUCCUCUACCGUGUUACCUUCCCCCGGCUCCUAUCUUAACGCUUCCACGCCCUCCGCCAGCCACGUUACGUCCUGUACCGCUGCCUCCGAGAGUUGCAGAAACGACAGAGCCUAGAGGGAAAAGAUCAAGGAACGGAUUCUCUAUCGAAUCCAUAAUUGGACCUCAGGAUGCGUCUGCAGUAUCGGAGCCAAGGAGAAGCGCAUUCUCCCCGCUGCAUCAGGGGUCGGGGCCGCCGGAUGAUUGGGCAAGGUGAAUGUAUCUGAGCGGGUGUACAUCCAGUCCACCCCCGUUCUGAAGCUUGCUACCGGACCACGUGCUAAGCCUCGCUCGAUUGACUGACUGAUUUGUGACGCAACUGAUGAACUGACGGUGUUUUAGUGUAUAUUGUACGAUAUUGUGUAGAUAUUUUGCGAAGAUUAAGACGGGUAUUAUUAGAGCUUCAGCCAAAUAUUGAAUAGUGGUAGGAUUGAAUUGACCAAAGUAUUUUAAAGUUACCAAACAGUUUCUAUAAAGCUUUUCAGUGCCGAAAAGUAAGUAUUGAUGAUAACUAUAUUUCUUUUGUGAUUUAUAUAAUAAUUGUGCACAUUUUUUAAAAUAUUGUGUUCAUGAUAUAAUUAUCGCAUUCCUAAUUUAAUAAUAUUAAUUAAAUGCAUACUUUUAAAAUAAGGGUUACGUCCGUAAAUUAGAUGUAAGAUUUCAACGUGCCAAAUAUGUUGUUUUGCUACUUUUUAGAAAAACAUUUAGGUAUUCUUUUAAUAAAUUUUUAUUUUGUACCUCGUUUCUUUUUAAUAGGUAUUACAAAAUCUAUUAAACAUUAAUAAGUCUAGAUUCCAUUUUUAAACAUUAAUUUGAAUUUGAAUUAAACAAAAAAAAAGUAUUUUAAAGAAACAACUUCAUAUCUUGUAAACUCGCUUCCACAUUAUAUUUAUAAUUAAUAUUUGAAUUAUAUAAUAUAUGUUACAUUUUAAAUAAAAAAAUAAGUUAUUGGAAUAUGAUUUUUAUAUUUUAAUAAUAUUUCUAUAACAAAUAAAACAGUUAAUCAUUGAUAGGUAAUGUUUUUGCAGCUUUUGUUAAGCUGAACAUAUUUUGUAUACGUACAAGAAACUAAAUUAAUUUCAUAAGAACAAAAAUGCCUUUUUAAUUUUUCCAUAAAAUAAAAAAAAAAACAGUAGGUAUUACAAUCGGUCUACGAUUUAAAUCGUUUCGAAGUUUUUAGCGAAAAUGAUUUUAUUAAAAAGUAGCAAUAAUUACAAUAUGUCUAGUCAUUUUAUGUACAAAGUAGCGUCGAAUAUUAUAUUAAUUAAUAUGUAAAUAUUUUCUUAACUUUUUAUUGUAAGUAGAUAAGCAAUAAUUUGUCUAGUUGUAGAUUUAUUGGAAUAGAUAUUAUAAGAAUGAAAAUUACCAUUGAAACAAUCGUAAAUACGCGAUUUGUACGAAAUAUGAUGUAAAAUGCACUGCAAAAAAUACUUUUAAAAAUGUCACUACUGUAGUAUAUUUUUGUGUAUAUCUAACUUACGUACUGUAAGAUAAUGAACUAAGUAUAAAAUAUUGCGAAUCAUUAUAUUAAUUUUAUUUCACAUUCUAAU